GUCAGCCAUGUCAUCUGAGCCACCUCCGCCACCACAGCCUUCGGGAGGGCUGCUGGACACCCAGCGGGCCGGAGACCGCUCGCCGUCCCCGCUCCGGGGCAACGUGGUCCCAAGCCCGCUGCCCACUCGCCGGACAAGGACCUUCUCGGCGACCGUGAGGGCCUCCCAGGGCCCCAUCUACAAAGGCGUCUGCAAGUGCUUCUGUCGGUCCAAGGGCCACGGUUUCAUCACCCCGGCUGACGGCGGCCCCGACAUCUUCCUGCACAUCUCCGAUGUGGAGGGAGAGUACGUGCCCGUGGAAGGCGACGAGGUCACCUACAAGAUGUGCUCCAUCCCGCCCAAGAACGAGAAGCUGCAGGCCGUGGAGGUGGUCAUCACGCACCUGGCGCCGGGGACCAAGCACGAGACCUGGUCUGGGCACGUCGUCAGCUCCUAGACCUCACCGGAAGCACCCCUCCUCUGGCGCACCCCUCCUCCGGAGCCCUGGGGACUUGGGGGGAGGAGGAGGCCCGCAAGGACUGGAGACCACGCGGCCCCUUCGGAGGAAGGGGCGUGGGCGCUCGCAGGGUGCUGUGGCCACCAGGGCGGCCGCUGGCCGCGGCAACGACACUCACCGCCUGGAAAACAUUAAAAGCAUUUGAAAAG